CAUAUUGAUAUAGCAACUUGGCCACUUGACCUCUGAAAAAGGCCAACCAACUAACCUUUCCUUUUCUUGAUUCCCAUUAUAUCUGUGAUUCAUGAUUCAUAACUCAUAACCAACAAUGGAGUUCUCAGCAUCCCACUCUGUACCAUGGCAAUUCCUUCUCCCUUCCCAUCUCCUCUUCCCAUAUGACUUCAUCCCUGAAAACUAUGUUCACUGGACUGAGACCCAUGAUUCUCACAUUUUCUCAGCUGAUAUUCCUGGUGUGAGGAAAGAAGAACUGAGAGUGGAGGUUGAGGACUCAAGGUACCUUAUAAUAAGAACAGAAGCAGUGGAUGAAUCCUCAAGUGAGCCAGCAAGGAAGUUCAGGAGGAAGUUUAGGCUUCCAGAGAGGGUUGAUCUUGAUGCAAUCUCUGCUGGCUAUGAAGAUGGUGUCUUAACCAUCACAGUUCCAAGGUCACUUAGGAGAGGCUUCUACAUUGACCCCAAUGAUGUUCCUCAUACAUUGGAUAAUGUUCUUGCAAGAGCUGCUUAAUUGAUUUAUCAGCUGCUGCCACUAUAGGCUUUACUAAUUAACUAAUCAAUUAUGUGUUCUUGGGGAAAUUAUUAAUUUAUUAGACAUUGGUUAAUGCUUAAUGGCUAUGUUAUGUAACUUUGCAUGAUUAUUUGGGUAUCUUGUUAUUUCUCAAUGGUUGUUAUGUACAAAAUUGUUUGAAGUGACAUCCAAAAUUUGAGUUUUAUGGAUAUGGAUAUGGACAUGGAACUCGAAUAAUUGUCACCUAAUUUUACUAGCAUUAUUUAUCAUGUGGGUUAGUCUUUUUCA